GUCGCGGAAUCUGCCCCGCCGCAUUCCGCUUGGUCGAAAAACCUCCAACGAUCGAACAUCACCAAAAUCAGCUCUAGAGCCUCGCAACCGCCAAUCCGACCGACGGCUUCAAUUGCGACCGCCCAAAAUGCCUCCUCAACUACCGACGGCCUCGACGGCCUCGACGGCCUCGACGAUUGCGCGCAGCGUCAUCCGUCCCUUUUCCACCACAGCAGCUACUGCAGCUCCCGGCCGACACCCCCCCUCCGGUGGACACGCCAACCGUCUUGCUGGUCUAAAUGCCAGCAACAGCAAGGGAGGACUUGGUCGAGGAGGUCGAGGAGACGCUGCUGCGAGACUCUUGGAGCGAUUCAAGACGCGGACAAACACGUACACUAUGGAGAAGACUGCGCAGAUGGAGUUUCUCAAGAACCAGAAGAUGUCAAACGAUUUCCUCAAGCAGAUGCCCAGACGAUGGGAGGCUGGUGACGUCUACUCGCCGCAUGAUCUGAGCCCUGUCGAGAUGCAGAAGUGGAGGAAGAAGACUGUGCGGAACAAUGAUGUUAUCGAUGCUCUUGGAAUCAGCCCUCUUGAUAUGUACAAGAACUUCUCUCUUAUCGAGCACUUCACAUCAACCUCUGGAAUGAUCAACCACUCCAAUCUCACACGUCUUCGGCCCGUCAACCAGCGCAAGGUGGCCAAGAUGGUUCGCCGAGUACAGGGCAUGGGCAUCUACCCCAGCGUACACGCUCACCCUGAGAUGCUCCGAGAUCAAUUCUUCUCACGCCACAAGUAGACCAGUCGUAUAUAGAAAGGGGAAAACGACUUGUUCUGUGCCGGCGUUUAUGUUGUCUGGGAUGAUUGAUGUCAUGGUCAUUAUUUUUUGGUCAUAUGUAUAACAGCCUCAACCUCUAUGUAACAUAUUGAUACAAUUGUCUACAUCCAAACAUCUCUUCGUUUUAUGCAA